AUGCCUGUGGUAGUCGCUGAGGAUGCAAUGUUUUUUUACAGCCACUAUGCAGAUAUUGAUCCAGAAAAUCAGAAUUUCUUGCUGGACUCCAGUGUUGGAAAGAAGAAAUACGAAACUCAGUAUCAUCCGGGUACUACUUCCUUUGGAAUGUCAGUAUUUAAUCUGAGCAAUGCUAUUGUGGGUAGUGGCAUCCUUGGUCUUUCUUUUGCCAUGGCUAACACUGGAAUUGCUCUUUUUGUGAUUCUCCUGCUGUUUGUUUCGAUAUUUUCUUUGUAUUCAGUGCAUCUCCUUUUGAAGACUGCCAAUGAAGGAGGAUCUUUAUUGUAUGAACAGUUAGGAAUGAAGGCAUUUGGCAUGGCUGGAAAACUUGCUGCUUCUGGAUCAAUUACAAUGCAGAACAUUGGAGCUAUGUCAAGCUACCUCUUCAUAGUGAAAUAUGAGUUACCAUUGGUCAUCAAGACAUUUAUGAACAUCGAAGAUACUACAGGAGAAUGGUAUCUUAAUGGUGACUAUUUAGUGCUGCUGGUGUCUGUCAUCCUGAUUCUUCCUCUGUCCUUACUGAAAAAUUUAGGAUAUUUGGGCUAUACCAGUGGCUUUUCCUUACUGUGCAUGGUCUUCUUUCUGAUUGUUGUAAUUUGGAAGAUGUUUGAGAUUCCUUGUCCUAUGGACAGUGACGUCUUGAAUAUGACAAUAAAUGGAACACUGGUAUCUUUGGCAGAUGAAAACAUAACAAUUGAUGAUAUGUGUAAGCCAAAGUAUUUCAUCUUCAAUUCACAGACGGUGUAUGCUGUCCCAAUCCUAACAUUUUCUUUUGUUUGCCAUCCUGCAAUUCUUCCUAUCUAUGAAGAACUGAAAAGCCGAAGCCGUAAAAGAAUGAUGAAUGUGUCCUAUGUAUCUUUUUUUGCCAUGUUCCUCAUGUAUUUAUUGGCUGCUCUCUUUGGAUACCUGACAUUUUAUGGAAAAGUUGAACCAGAACUGCUUCAUACCUACUCUGCUUAUCUGGGUGCUGAUAUUGUUCUUCUUAUUGUGCGCCUUGCUGUGCUUAUGGCUGUAACUCUUACUGUACCAGUAGUUAUUUUCCCAAUUCGCAGUUCCAUUACCCAGCUGUUGUGGGCAGGGAAGGAGUUUAGGUGGUGGCGUCACUGUUCCAUUACAGUUGCUCUUCUGGCAUUUACCAAUGUCCUUGUUAUCUUUGUCCCUACCAUUCGAGACAUCUUUGGAUUCAUUGGUGCAUCUGCAGCUGCCAUGCUGAUCUUUAUACUUCCUUCUGCCUUCUAUAUCAAAUUAGUUAAGAAGGAACCAAUGAAGUCAGUGCAGAAAAUUGGGGCUGCAUUCUUCUUACUAAGUGGUAUACUUGUGAUGACUGGGAGUAUGACACUCAUUAUUCUAGACUGGACCGACAAUGUUCCAUCUGAUGGCCAUUAAGUGUCCUGGUUUAAUCUGUAAUACUCCACUUCAAAUGCCAGUGUUCACUCAGAUACCUACUGAGAAAGCAGAUGAGCUAUUCAGCUUCCUUUAAAAUGCAGAUUCUUUCUUGAUGGUUCUUCUGAUUGUAGAAUACCCAAACUUUGUCUUUAAGAAACUAUUCUGCAUGAUGGAAGUGGAUAUUAACAUCAAACCACGUGAGUGUCUGGCUGAAGGAAGUGACAACUUUAUUCCAUUCCAGAGAAUGGACAGAACUCUCUGUAGACUUUUAUCAAGCCAUGUUUGGCUUUCAUCGUUGUUACUUGGAUAUUUUGUUAUUUUACUUGAAUGUGCCUAAUGGAACCA